UUCUGCAAAUACUUCAUCGCCCAUACUAAUAAUAAACUCGUCUUUGACUCAAUUAAUAAUGCCUUUGCGGCCCGCUCCUUUCCACCAAAAUAGAUCUUGUCACUGCACUGCUUGUUUAUCCGUGCGCAUAUAAAUUUGAAGCAUUGCAUUGCACGUGUUUUUGAAGUCGAAACGAAGCACGCUACAGAUCAUCAACCUCUUGUCAUGGUAUUAGGAUUUAUACUGGUCAUAUACUCGAGAGCUUCAUUGUAAGAAAAAAGUGAUAUUAUUUUGAUAUCUUCCUCAAAAACAAAGCCUUUGACUUCACCCAAUCCAACCAUGGAUAUCGAUCAAGAUUCUCGAAUUUCCGCCGCAUAUACAACGCGUCUAGAUCAAACCCUAAAGGAUCUUCACGAUCGAGUCCAAGAGCAAGAAGAGGCACUUGACAAGGUCGGUUUCAAUAUCCUUCCUCUUACUAUUUCCAAUCCCAAAUUAACAAUCAAUCAAGCUCCGUGCAACCACAUCAACCCCAGUAUCUGAUGGACCAUCACAAGAUCCUAAAAUUCAUCUCUACCAACUCCGCGCUCUAAAACAAGCCUAUGAUUCUUUCUCCGCCGAAUCUCCAUACCUUCCACCGCCAAAAUCCGUACUCCCUGCACUUCUCGCCUAUCGAACUACCUCAACCUGCAUCCAAGAAACUCAAGAAUGUAUAGCCAGCACCUCACAUGACCUAACCACCACCGUAUCUCUCCUCCAAAAAGAAAAGUCGGAUCUAAAAGAUGCUCUGGCCAUUCAAACCAGUCUCCAGAACCGUAUCAUCGCCCUCACUUCUCAACUAGAACAACAAACUCAAAAAUCCCCCUCUCAAAUAGCAUCCGAGUUAAAAACCACCCUCGAAACCGGGAAAAAACACUACGAUACAGAAACCAAUCAAUUAGUCCGAGCAUUCAAUUCUUUCAUCAACUCAAAUCUCGCCUCUAUGUUAGCAGCCGAAGAACUAGGUGGACCAAUUGUAGGGGAAAUGCUCGACAUAACACCCGAAGCCCUCAUCGCCGGUUUUAGCACCCAAGGAAAACCCAAAAAACCAAAAGAAAAUCCAAACAUGGAUAAACGCCAACGAAGAAUCGAUGAAAUAUGGGGUCCUAAACCUUCAGUUGACGAAAAUGAAGAAGAUGAAGAAGAAGAAUGGAGUGAAACACGUGCUGCUGGUGCAGAAAUGCGGGAACUAGCUGAGCAGUUAUUAAAUGGUUUAUUAGAAGCUGAUGAACAUGGUACGAAUGGAUAUGUAACACUUGAGAGGGAUAGUGCAGCAGCGAGAUUUUUGGUCAGGAGUAAAGUCGCUCAGUAUCAUUUUAAGGAUGCGAGGAAGUUAAAGUUGAUCGAUUUCGAAAAGGAUAUUAUCUAAUAGAUGGUUUGUUAGUUAUAUAGGUAAAUGAUAUGCUAUUAGAGUGAUCACACUAUGGUUCCAAAUCCUACAAUUGUCUUUCUUAUAAGACUAGCA